GAUCAAUAGACGGACGAUGUUGAGACGUAGGCUAUGAGUGAGAUAUCCAGGCGAUGAUGUAGGGACACUGAGCACAGCCGCCCAAAACCUCCGCCUUCCAACGCCAGACCGGAGAUCACCGUGCGGCUGGAGUCCACACUUCAUGGACAUGCAUAUAUGACUAAUGUGCGAUCUGGUGAGUUACAUCGCCGUCUCACAUACAACCCCACAUUUUGGAAGACUCGGCACUCGCAACAAGCCGCAAUCGAUGCAUCAUUCUCCCUGCCAUCCCCAGGCUAUGGCGAUGUGCCAGAUCUUGGAUCUCUGGUCGCCCGUCGCACAGUCUCGAGCGCUUCAAAUCCGCAACUUCACCUCCGCAACCUACCAGGAAUUCAAAGCAAGAGAUCAGAGAAGGGAACUUAGGAAGAUGCAAAAAUCCAAAUCAGUGAUACAGGAGCUCGAAGUCGCCAGAUUGGGCCUCUGGUGUCAGAUCGAGGUGUCGCGUGCGCAAAAACACAAUCCUUGCCCAAAAGGUAUUGCUGACACCGACGAAUACUGAAUCGGACGUGCACGAAAACAUCUCACACAAUAGAUCCUAUGGAGUCGAACCUUUGAUGACAGUCCCUCACCAGCAGAGUACUAGCCAACACGCAGGUUGUCGACAAUACGUCGAACCGUGAGAGUCUUCACUCAAACUCCUGCAAUGCGGUUUCCGUCCACGUCCACAGUUCCUCGCCUAGCUUCUUGC